AUGUCCGCGGAGGGCGCUGGGCCGGGGCCGGGGCCGGAGCCGGGGGCCGGGCCGGGGCCGCUCUGCCCCGAACACGGCCAGGCUCUCAACGGGUUCUGCUGUUCCGAGCGACGGCUCGUGUGCGCCGCCUGCACGGGGCUGGGCGGCCGCUGCCGGGGGCACCGCAUCCGCCGGGCCGAGAAGCGCGCGGAAGAGCUGCGGAACAAGAUUGUGGACCAGUGUGAGAGGCUGCAGUUACAGAGUGCUACCAUCACCAAAUAUGUGGCUGACGUCCUGCCAGGGAAGAACCAGAGAGCAGUGAGCAUGGCCAGCGCAGCUCGGGAACUGGUCAUCCAGCGGUUGAGUCUGGUGAGGAGUUUGUGCGAGAGCGAGGAGCAGAGGUUGCUGGAACAGGUGCAUGGCGAAGAGGAGCGGGCCCACCAGAGUAUCCUGACGCAGCGAGUACACUGGGCCGAGGCGCUGCAGAAGCUGGACACCAUCCGCGGCAGCCUGGUGGACAUGCUCACUCAUCUGGAUGACCUCCAGUUGAUUCAGAAGGAGCAGGAGAUUUUUGAGAGGACGGAGGAAGCAGAGGGCAUUUUGGAUCCCAAGGAGUCGGAAAAGUUAAACUUUAAUGGGAAGUGCACUCGGAGUCCAUUACUGACCCAACUCUGGGCAACAGCCAUUCUCGGAUCCCUCUCAGGCACGGAGGACGUGCGUAUGGAUGAGAGGACAGUCAGCCCCUUCUUGCAACUGUCAGAUGAUCGGAGGACCCUGACCUUCAGUGCCAAGAAGUCCAAGGCCUGUGCAGAUGGUCCAGAGCGCUUUGACCACUGGCCCAAUGCCCUGGCUGACAUGUCUUUCCAGGCUGGGCUGCACGCCUGGAUGGUAAACGUCCAGAACAGUUGUGCAUACAAGGUGGGCGUGGCCUUAGGCCAGCUGCCCCGCAAGGGUUCUGGCAGUGACUCUCGUCUGGGCUGCAAUGCCUUCUCCUGGGUCUUCUCCCGCUAUGGCCAGGAGUUCCGUUUCUCACACGACGGGCAGCACGAGCCCCUGGCGCUGCUGCGUUGCCCAGCUCAGCUGGGGGUGCUGCUGGACUUGCAGGCACAGGAGCUGCUGUUCUACGAGCCUGCCUCGGGCACCGUGCUCCACAUCCACCAUGCGUCUUUCCCUGGGCCCCUCUUCCCGGUCUUUGCUGUGGCUGACCAGACCAUUUCCAUCGUCCACUGA